CGCAUCGUCUCUUUACCCCUCUUUCUAGAUCCCCAAAUUACCCUGAAAAUCGAUCUCGGAUUUUCUCGUCGUUCUUAAUCCAAUCUGUAAAUCUAGUUGUAAAUGGGAUUCAAAAGACCUUUUGACAAUGAGGAGCUGCAGGAACUUCCUUUCAAGCAUCAAAGACAGUUUGACAAUAACAAAAAGCUAACUCAGUUAGCUGAUAAUAUUCCCCUUAGUCAUACUCAUCAGAAUCCUCAUAUUUCAGUUGGAACUGAGGGUGGAUUUCGUAAAUACCAAUGGGAUGAAGAAUUUGAAACUGAUGGUCUUAAUGGUGCUGGAUGUUUGGUUGAUAAGGAUUUUGAGACUAGUGCUCCCUUGUCUUUGAUCGCUAGCAUUUCCAGUGAGGAAGACACUGAUACUGGGGCAGCAGCUAUUUCACCUGUUUCUCCAGAAUAUUUUGACUUCGAUUUCCCAAGAAGAACGUUGGGCCCUGUUGGUGAUUCCUAUUCUUUGUUGUUGGAUCGGUCUCCUCGAAAACAAGUUCCACUUGGGCCAAAUCAUCAAGCCAAUCUUCCUUUGUUUGGUAGGCACAUAAAGAAGGAUAAGUUUGUUCAAAAUGGUGCAUCAGACACCCAUGAUAUUGACUAUGAAGAGAUUAUGAUGGGAACAUGCAUCAUUCCAAUGCCUGCCUCAGAUUUUUCCGCAAACAACAGUGGAAAAGUUGGUGCUGGCAGAACAGACUGUGGUUGCCUGGAUAGGGGCUCAUUUAGAUGUGUGCGACAGCAUGUCAUGGAAUCACGGGAAAAACUACGAAAAUCCCUUGGGCAUGAAAAAUUUGUGAAGCUGGGGUUUUAUGACAUGGGAGAGGAUGUUGCAUAUAAAUGGAGUGAAGAAGAUGAAGAGUUAUUUCGUGAGGUUGUUUUCACUAAUCCUGCUUCUUUGGGUAGGAAGUUUUGGAAGCAGUUGUCAGUGGUUUUCCCAUUAAGAUCAAAGAGGGAGCUUGUCAGCUAUUAUUUCAAUGUCUUUAUCCUUCAGAGACGAGCUGUUCAGAACCGAUCCAGUGUUCUGGAAAUUGACAGUGAUGAUGAUGAGUUCCAUGGGAGUCAACGGGCUUAUGGAGUUAAAGUUUCAGAGAAAGAUGAAGUCUUUUCUGCUAUUGAGUCUCUUGUUGAUCAGGAAGGUCUGUCAAACCAUGAUGAUGAUGACAAUGGCAGUGACGACGACGACGAUGAUAGUGGUGACUCUGAUAGUGAUAGUGGGGAUGGAAAUUAUAGCAUUGCUGCAGACAGAGGGGAUUAUGGUGUAAAUCUUUUGUUAAAAGGUCACGAUGCAAAAUCAUUGGAUGAGAGUAGGUUCAAUGCUGUUUUUGAACAAACAAACAAAGUUUCUGGACAAGUAGAGGAUUUCAAUGCUCAAGAUGACUCGUGUAUGUCUUUUGAGUUUCAGCCGAACAUGGUCGAUUCUCGUAGUCUGAUUGAAACAAAGGCUGAUUUGCACAAUAGAGAAAUGAAGACCGACCUUAGCAAGUGUAUGCAGACUAAAGUAGAUGGGCCUAGUGAUCUGGUGAGCCAUGUCUAUUUAUUGGAUACCUGUGAUGCAAAAAUCUGGGAUGCCCGGUAUCCUACGACAGCUACUAAAGGUAUUGAUCUCCAGCCUACAUGCAACAUUAUUGAAGAGAUUUUUGGAAAAGAUACAUGGGAUAACAAGACGAGAAAUGAAUAAGUAUCGAAUGAUGGCUCUCGGAAUGUCUGAAUCUUGUCCUUAGAAGAGGCUAAGACUUUUGGUUUUGACUAUUUAUUUUUCUCAUAAGUUCAUUUAGCAAAUGUAUUUUGCUUCAACAUGUUAAAAAGUGCUGUUAAUGAGAUCUUUCCUGCUUUUGUAAAUGACACAGCAGUGAAGCACUCUAUUUUUCUCUUUUUACAGCAUGCAGGUAGUCCUUUUCUAAUUAUAUGAAGCUGAAACAUGUGUCGAAUCUUUUUGUGGGAAAAGU